AGUGCCACAGCUUACUGCUGGUCCGGUCCUCGCCUGCUGAGUGCUGGCUGCUGCAGCUCCAAGGCAACAAUGGUGAGUGGGAGGUCCAUCACCUCCGGCGCCGCCGCGCCGUGCCACCUGCGACCGACGGACCGGCACACCAUGGCCGCGUGCCGCUCGCGGCAGCGACCACCUCUGCCCCCCAAAACAAGGGCAAAGGGCCCGGCGCGCCGCUCCGGUAAGCUCCAUCGUCAACCGUCUCCGCGAGGCACGCAUCGUCAUCCCCUCUCCUCUCCUCUUCUCCGCCGAGGAUCUGCUGUCUCGGGCUCUUUUUUUUAGGGUUUAGGGUACAGUGCUCGAUCCUGUAAUAAUUCUGAAAAAAGGCAGUGCUUUUCGUGUCUCUGAAUGCCACAUCACAAUGCCCAAAUGCCACGGUUGCACCGAUUUUAUUCCGUUUCUCACUGUCCAAAUGCCGCAUCACGAUCGCGCCAUGAUUAUUUUUUUUUUAGCCCUCCUCACCAGCUAACUUUUAUUCAGAUAAAAGGGAAUGAUUUUUUACAGGGAUGGGUUAUUGGGGGAACUACAAUACAACAUCACUGGUGAAACUGAAAACAACCAAGAGACAGGCUAACUAAAACAUGUUCAGAAACAUCAUCAAGCUAAACCGGAUUUUUAUUCAGACAGAAGGGAUUUGUUUUCUGAUUUGAGAUUGCAGCCACAUCAACAUCAAAGAUAGGAGAUAUUUCAGAGCACACAAUCUUUUCGUUGAAGACUGGGCCACAUGAUGUUGGCAAGAGCAACCACACUGUUAGUUAGGGAGAAAAUUGAAUUGCAGGCAGAACAAGUCCAAGUUUGCAAAUCCAGGAGAGACCAGGAUUAGUGAAAAGCCAACCAAUUGAUGCUUGUCUUGACUUGACCUGGCAAUAAGGUUAGGUAGCCAAGGAGUCCAAUACUGGAGGGUUGAUCGGAAUUCAUGGCGGGUGCACUGGUGAGCGCCUCUACGGGGGUCAUGGAGUCUCUCCUUGGCAAGCUAUCCAGUAUGUUGGAGAAAGAGUACGCCAAGAAGAAAGCGGUAGAGAAGGAUGUGCUGUUCCUGCGAAACGAGCUGAGCAGCAUGAACACCGUGAUGCAGAAGUACGCGAUGUUGAGUGAGCCCGACUUGCAAGUGAAGGCUUGGAUGAAAGAGGUAAGGGAGCUGGCCUACGACAUCGAGGACACCAUUGACGCUUUCAUGGCUCGGAGUGAAAAAUCCAAUGAGCCUACAGGUAUCAGAGGAUUUAUCAUCAACAAUAUCCUGAAACUGAGAGAGCUGCUCUCAAGCUGUACUAUUUCUCAAGAGAUUGAAAAACUCAAGAACCAAGUUCUCGAGGUGAACGAUCGUAGAAAAAGGUAUAAGCUUGAUGUAUCUGUGUCCAUGGGUACCGGCUGUGAAUCAAUUGACCCUCGCCUGCCAGCGUUUUAUUCCGAGGUAGGUGGACUUGUCGGGAUCGAUGGGCCGAGGGACAAAAUUAUCAAGUUGCUAAGGGAGAAUGCAGCUGAUGAAGAUUGUGGAUUUGUGAAUCGACUUAAGAUGGUGUCUAUCGCAGGGUUUGGAGGUUUGGGGAAAACUACUCUUGCCAAACAAGUUUAUGAGAAAAUCAAAUGGCAGUUUGAUUGUGCUGCUUUCGUGUUUGUAUCUCAAAUCCCAGAUAUGAAGAGGGUUCUUUUGGAUUUGCUUUGUGGACUUGGGGCUUCUGGUAAUACAUGGGAUGAUGAGAAGCAACUCAUUGACAAGAUCAGAGAAUUUCUUCAUGACAAGAGGUAUAUAAUUGUCAUUGAUGAUAUCUGGAGCAUAUCUUCUUGGGAGAUCUUGAAGUGUGUAUUGCCUGAGAACAAUUCUGGCAGUAGAAUAAUUACAACUACACGUAUUCUUGACGUAUCCAUGAUAUGUUGCUCUACUUUCAAUGGAAGUAUUUACCGCAUCAAACCAUUAAGUGACGACGACUCCAGAAGGUUGUUUUGUAGAAGAAUUUUCCACGGUGAGCAUUCGUGUCCAUCACAUCUAGAAGAGCUUUCAAAAGCAAUUUUAAGAAAAUGUGGUGGUUUGCCAUUGGCCAUACUUCAUAUUGCUAGUUUGUUGGCAACCAAAUCUAACACAAAGGAAGAGUGGGAGUUGGUGCUAAAUUCAAUUGGCUCAGCACUUGAAAAUAGCCAUACUCUACAAGGUCUGAAAAAGAUACUGUUACUCAGUUUCUAUGAUUUACCACCACAAUUGAAGACUUGCUUACUAUAUCUCAGUAUAUAUCCAGAAGAUUGCAUGAUCAACUCCAAAGAGUUGAUAAGGAAAUGGAUAGCUGAAGGAUUUAUCGCGGAAGACAGUGGGAAGAGAUUGGACCAAGUAGCAGAGAGUUAUCUUAAUGAUCUUAUCAACAGAAGCAUGAUCUUACCUUUCGACAUUACUCAUGCUGAUGGUGUACAAUAUUAUCAAGUCCAUGACGUUGUCCUUAACAUUAUCAUAUCUAUGUCGAAAGAAGAGAAUUUUGUCACGAUAAUAGAUGGGCAUAAGUGCAGUUCUUUGCAGGAAAAGAUCCGUCGAGUAUCCCUCCAGUUCAAUGAUUCAGAAGAUGUUGUAGUGCCAACAAACAUAACAAACAGAAGUUGUGUCCGUUCACUCAGUAUAUUUGGGAUUACUAAGCAAGUGCCAUAUUUUAUGGAUCUUCAAUCUUUGCGAGUGUUGGACUUAGGUUAUUGUACAUUGUUACAGAAUCAGCACAUUGAAUGUUUAGGAAGUAUGCUUCAACUUAGGUAUCUGGUUCUCCAUUCUCAAUUAAUCACUGAACUUCCUGAUGAAAUUGGGAACUUGCAACAUCUAGAGAUGUUAGAUGUCACAUUAUGUUCCAUACAAGCUCUUCCAGAUACCAUUGUUCGAUUACAGAAACUCGUGUGUCUAUAUGUGAGUACUAAAGUGAAACUACCAGAAAUGAUUGGAACUAUGCAAUGUUUAGAGGAGCUGUUCCACAUAUCAAGCAACUCUAUAAGAUUGGCUGGAGAUCUUAAAUGUCUGAAAAAACUGAGAGAUCUUGCAAUAGCUGUUGAAGACCCUGUUGGGACAAAGAGCUCUACAUUGAGAUACAGGGAAGUAGUUCGGUCAUCCCUUACUGAAUUGGGCAGACACAACCUGCAGUCACUCUCACUGAAUUACAAAGGUGAUGAGAAUUUCAUUCUGGAUUCGUCGAUGGGUUCAUGCUUCUCAACUCAGCGUCUCCGGAAACUUAUCAUUGGGAAAACUCUUUCCAGGGUGCCAGAGUGGAUGAGUAUAUUUGACAAUCUCACACACUUACAACUGUGCAUCUCAAGGAUGGAACAGAGUGAUAUUAACAUACUCAAAGGAAUUGACUCUCUGAUCUUUCUCCGCCUCGUAUUUACAGGGCAUGCUCCUGAUGGAAGGAUAGUCAUCGACAACCGAGGAUUUCAAGCUCUCAAGGAAUUAUAUCUUCUAUGUUUCAUUCCUGGGAUGUGGCCAGUGUUCGAGCCAGGAGCUAUGCAAGAAUUACAGAAGUAUCACCUCACUUUCAAGCUACAGAAAGUACAUUGCAAGAAUAGUGUUUUGGACUUUGGUCUCCAGCAUCUUUCAAGCCUCCAGCACAUAAGUGCGAUAAUUAUUCCAUCUGGUGCUACCAGUGAGGACACAUUGGUUGCAGAGGAUGCCAUCAGGAGUGCUACAAGUAUCCAUCCCAACCAACCAAUAGCUGAAAUUUUUGUCGAGUAAAAAAAAUGGUAACCGGCCAGUUAUAGGUUUUCUACGAGUCAAAAUUCUCCCCGAAACAAGUAGACCUCAUUUUCAUGUGUCUUUGUGUUAUAUGCUCCUCUGUUCUGGUUGCAUUUGAGAAUGUAUGCCUUUGUUAGUAUAACCCUUUCACAAGUGAAGAACUAAUUACAUUAGUCCUCUGAUACUGUAGUCCUAAUGCUCUUUUUAGGUGAGGAUAGUUGUACUCUAACUCUUGUAUAUUACUGAUUUUAUUUUUGUGGUUGUAUGCUAAGUUAUUUAUUUGCUCAAG